CCAACCUCGAUCCCAUUUGCACCAACCCUCACCUCCGCCUUUGCCAUGUGAAUUCACAUUUGGCCUUGCGAGCCUCCCCCUAGGCCCGCGCGCUUCUAAUUGCACCAUGGAUGACAUGGACGGCAGGACCGAGGACCGGAGGAAAACCGCGCCCUUCCUACUCAAGCUCUUCUUUCGCACCGGAGCGUUCCACAGGCCCGACGAGUUCGCAUCGCACACCCUCCCGCCGCACCUGGAGAUCCACACAUGGCGGACGGCCACGUUCGAGGAGCUCUCGCACCACCUGGCGAACAGCGAGCAGGAGCUCCUGCCGCACCCUUGCAUCGGCACGCGCCUGGCCUUCAGGCUGAUCUACCGCGACACCAACGCGCAGCACCGCUUCGUCGUUAAGGACCUGGGGAGUAUGGUACUGGGCGAGGGCGGGCCCGGGGUCCAAGGGAACGCCGCCGCGACCGCCAUCGAUCUCACGGCUGAAGAAGGCGCUUUCGACGAGGGUUUCCAGGAGGAGGAUGCGCCCAGGGCGGCGCCCCAGCCCGAGCCGGAAGUUGUUACGCACAAGACGCUCGACGACAUCAAGUUCAUCGUGGGGGAUUACAUCAGCUGCGCGAUACUGCCGCCCCUGGACGACGGUUCUGUGGCCCUUGCAGACAGCGCCAGGUCUGGCCGAGGCUGCGGAGUCGGCGAGGCAGGCGCCGUUGGGCCGGGGCCUGGGGCGGGCGAUUCUCUGGGCCCGCCGCGGUCUAGCCGGGGAGGAGGAGUGGGCGUGGACGACCGUCGUGGCGGCAGCAGCACUAAGGCUUCGCGGAGGAACGAGCCAUGGCCUGCUGAUUAUGAGUCUCGGGGAGAAAGGCCGUUUGGCGCUAGUAUACCUGCAGGAGAAUGGCGCCGUGGAGAGAACCUACCUAACGUGCCCAUGAGUGGUGGUAGCAGGGGUUCACGUUCGAGGUCGAGGUAUAGAGAUCGCUAGCCCAGCCGUAACCCUUCGCAGUCCGCCUACGUAGUCCAAAUUUCGCUGUUUGUAGUCAAGCCGGAGGCUGUUCCUGUCAGCUGUCGCAAAAGGUUCAAGCGCAGUGACGGUGCGAAAUAGAGACGCCGGUCCCCGAUGGUUUCUCCCAAACCGACCCAGACCACCAAGAUAGACAUAUGCUGUGAACACUCUGGGCGAGAUUGGGGAGCAGUCGGAAGGUUAUUGUUUUUCAAUCCUCUCGUCUUGGAGGCCGUAUGUACAUGUUGUGGUCGUCCUGGCUCUAGAACUCCCGGAUGUCGUCUCCCUUCCUCUUUGC